CGGCGGCGGGACGAGCGCGGAGCGGGCCCUGCCCGGCGCGCUGGGCCGCCAUAAAGGGGCGCCCGCAGGCCCUCGGACUGCUCCGAGUGCCGAGUUCCUCUUCUCUCUCACUUUCCUCGGGGACGGCGCUGCGGAAGCGGCCUGUGUGGUUCUGUGGGAGCAGCCGAUAUAUUAGAAUUGCUUCAGAUUCUGUUGCUGAAAUUUGUAUGUAUUGAAGGCCCAUCUGACUUCAGCAAUGGGCCAGGCAGCUGCCAAACCUGCAGGCCCAAAACCUGCAGGAAUAUAUCAUGCUAUUACGGGUAGAAGAUGUGGAAGAAGACAUGCCUGUGUUGGCUUUACACCACUUUCAAAUAGUCAAGAUGGAGAUGCACAUAAACCCAACGAAGACUGCAAACAAUUAGACUUGGAGAAUGUUCAGGAAGAGAGUUCUUUAUCUUUCUCUGAAAGUUCCAGACCACUGGCUCAAGUUCCUCCUGCUCUAUUAGAUAAGCCUUUGUCAGAAAAUGCUGGAACUAGAGAACUCAUAUGCCAAAAUGUAUCAAGCCAAACUUCUGAAGCAAACACACCACUAUUUUCUGUAGUCUGUACUGGUCCAGAAGGCAAUCAAAUCUCACAGAACUUUAUGAAUCCUGAUGAAAAUUCUGAGGACUUUGCAGAAAACACAUCUGGAAGACAUAGUAAUUUGAAUGGUAAGAAUGGAAUUGCUUUUGUAAACAUUGACUCUUAUGAGCCAGAUAGCAGUGACGGAGAGGAAGAUGAUGUUCAAGACAAAUGUUCUUUGGUAAAAGAAGCAGCAUGUCUCGUUCAGGGACGAUUAGAUAACAUACUUUCUCAAUGUGAAAAAGACGUGGAGUGUCUUAGGGACUUACAGUCACAACUGUCUUCUCUCAACCACGGUGUUUCUAGAGAAAAUUGUGAAGGAGCAGGACCAAUGCCUUUGGCAUGUCCAAACAAUAGGACACUUAUAUCCACUGAAGAUCAAGCUAUACCAAAAAGUAACCUGAGUGGUACCAGUUGUGAAACACAGCAGAUAAAUCAUAUACUGGAUGUUGGAAUCGGAACCCCUGUUGCUGAUGUACUAAAUGUCAGUGAUGGAAAGGCUGACCAAGAAAAGUCAUCUGAGCCAGUAGUGAGACCUAAAAUUAGAACACGAAAUACUGCAAACCAGUUUGAGAGAGAAAAGCAACUCCCUAAUGAUGAAGAGGAAAAACCACUUUCCUCUUCCUGGAAGAGAAUUGGAGUUGCUGAUUGCCAGCAAUGCCAUCCUGAGUGUCCCUUGAGAGACAGCGAAGAGAUAAGUUCUGGUGUGUUCUUUCUCUCAAGAGUGUACAGUGAUCAAAAGAACACAGAAAGAGACCUAGGAAAAAAUGCAGCAGCUCAAAACCAAAAAAAUGUUCCACAUGAUAGCAGUUUUUGGGAUGAGUUUGAAAACUGCAACAGAUACUUCUUAAUGUCCCAUGAAGAUGAAGACAGCUCAGAAUGCAGCGAUGGAGAAUGGGCUACAGCUGUGCCUAGCUGUUUGACUGCUGCGGAACAAGAGCAGUCCUCAAGUGAAGAGAGCUGGGAUACUCUCCCAGGCGGGGAGGAAUGUGAAGUGCAGAACAUCAGCUGUGAUGUAAAAGAAGAGAACACAAACUGCGGUCUCCAAGAAGGGGAGGAAGGUGAGAUUCUUUGGUUACCGUACCGAGAAGAAGUAGAAAGUAGCAGUGAUGAGGAAAAUGAUCCAGUUAAUGAUUUCAUGCAUCCUGCAUUCUUCCUGUUCAAUGGAAAUAACAGCUUUGAAGAUGACUCCAGUGUGAGUGAAGACCUGGAUGUGGAGUGGAGAACACUUGAUGAGUUUGAAGUCCUAGGACUUACUCUAAACAUUCCUUACAUGGACCCUCAGCUUCUCACAUUUGUGGCACUAGAGGGACGCUUAGAAGCUGUGGAGGCUGCUCUGGCACAGUUGGAGUCUCUUGCCUUUGAUGUUGAACAGACUCGUCCACCAGCUACUAAGGAAACCAUAGAUUGUCUGCCAGUGGUUCUCAUCACAGGUCAAGAUGAGAGUUGUACGAUCUGUUGCAGUGAAUAUGUGAGAGGUGAAUAUGUGGCAGAGCUACCCUGUCAUCAUUUGUUUCACAAAUCUUGUGUAACUCCUUGGUUGCAGAGAUCGGGAACAUGCCCAGUUUGUCGUCAUGUGCUUGCUCCUGUGCUUCCUGAAGCAGCGGAUGACACUUAUCGUUAACUGAUUGAUGAUUCAGUAUCUUCUGCUCACAGGACUUUCAGUCUAGGGUCUGAAAUAAAAUCUGCCACCAAGU